AUAGAAGGAGUUAGACAUGUAAAUUUGGAUUUGUUUUCGUAUUUAGACAUGUGUGGAUGCCAAAAAAAAGCUUGCAUGGGUUACUUACAACUUCAAAGCCUAAAACCCUACUGCGUUUAUUAUAGAUAUGUCUCCCUUUUUAUAUUAUAUUAAAAUUUUAUUUAUGUCAAUGUCACUCUAUAAUUUAUUCUUAUAAUUUGGAAGACGUCGUGUGCUUCCUUUUUUCACCUUUCAUAAAUACUAAUAUUCUCUUGUUGAAUAAGCAUCAUCGAUCGGCAUUAAUUUAGUUUUAUUCCUUUAGUUAAAUGAUGCAGUCGAGGGAGGAGAUGAGAGAUGAUUCAUCAUCAGGUCUCGUCCUCACUACUGACCCUAAGCCUCGCCUUCGCUGGACGGCAGAGCUUCAUGAACGCUUCGUUGACGCCGUCACCCACCUUGGAGGCCCUGAUAAGGCCACACCAAAGACGAUAAUGAGAGUGAUGGGUGUGAAGGGUCUUACGCUUUAUCAUCUCAAGAGCCAUCUCCAGAAGUUCAGACUUGGGAAGCAGCCUCACAAGGAGCAUAAUCAAAAUCACUCCAUCAAUAUUAGGGAUACUAAUAGAGCUUCCAUGUUGGAUCUUCGAAGAAAUGCUGUAUUUACUACUAGUCCGCUGAUCAUUGGUCGCAAUAUGAACGAGAUGCAAAUGGAAGUGCAAAGAAGGAUAGAGGAAGAAGUAGAAUUAGAGAGACAAGUGAAUCAAAGGAUAGAAGCACAAGGGAAAUACAUGGAGAGCAUGUUGGAGAAAGCAUGUGAAACCCAAGAAGCAAGCCUUACCAAAGACUACUCUACUCUUUUCUUCGACCGCACCAAUAUUUGUAACAACACAUCGGCACUCCCAAUCCCAUGGUUCGAGGAUCAUUUUCCUUCCUCUUCCUCCAUGGACUCUACGUUGAUUCUCCCUGACAUCAAUUCCAGCUUCACCCUGCAAGAUUCUCGGAGUUCCAUCACUAAGGGCCGUACGGUUUGUCUCGGUUAGAGAGUACAUAUAUAGAUCUAGCUAAGCUAUUUGACUCUUUCUACUCUAGUUUCUGAUGCGCACUUGGUGUAUAACUGCGCAAAUUUACUCGUAAUAACUUCUGCCAAACAUGAAGUCUUCGCUAUUCGCUUGAUAUAAAAAUGUGCUGAUAACAUAUGGUGAAGUAGGCUGCCUCAUGAUGCCUAUAUGUUUUAUUAUGUGUUUAAUUGCAAAAUGCUUUAAAGAUUAUGGGGUGAGUGGUAAGUAAAAUUUAAAGGUUUUACACUUUUACCCUAUCGACUUUAAAACAUUUUUAUAGUC